AUGGCUCUCUUGUUCAUCAAACAGAAGCUGUUCCCCACCCAAGCCAGCAAGAAUUCGUCCGGCAAACCGCUCCUCGCUCGCGUCGACGACGGGGAUACCAUUCAGGGAGACUCCGACUUGGAAUCUCAAAACAGUCGCUCCUAUGACACGUUCGAACGACGCGCCAGCAACGAUGAUUCAACAACCACGGUUGGCAGCAGUGGUAGCACCCGUUGCCGAAUCAACCCCCGCAUCGUCUCGGACGCCAUUCUGGGUCUCUCGGACGGUCUGACGGUGCCCUUUGCCCUAUCCGCGGGUCUCUCCGCACUCGGCAACACCAAAGUGGUCGUUCUGGGCGGUCUCGCCGAGCUCGCAGCUGGAGCCAUCUCCAUGGGCCUGGGUGGAUAUGUCGGAGCCAAGAGCGAAGCUGAAUCGUAUGAAGCAACGGUCCGUGAAACACAGCAACUGAUCAAGACGGACCCACAAGAGACCCGCGCCAUGGUGCGCGAAACCUUCAGCCCAUACGGUCUCUCGGACUCGGCUGUUGCAGACAUCACUCGCGAUCUGCAUGUGUCGCAGGACCGACUCCUCGAGUUCCUGCUUGCGUUCCAUCACCGUGAGACUGCGCCAGACUGCAACCAGGCCUGGACAUCCGCUAUCACCCUCGCCUUGGGCUACUUCAUCGGCGGCUUCAUCCCGCUGAUUCCAUACUUCAUCGUCACUCAGGUAAUGGUUGCUCUGUACUGGAGUAUCGGUGUGAUGGCGAUCACGCUCCUUGUCUUUGGCUAUGUCAAGACCUGCGUUGUCCGCGGCUGGUCCGGUCGUGAUAAUGUGCUCGCCGGCGUCUGGGGUGGUGUGCAGAUGUGCUGUGUUGGUGGUGUCGCCGCCGGCGCUGCUAUUGGGCUGGUGCAGUUGAUUGACACUGGUAGUGCUUAA